AUGGCAGCAGGGUUGGAACAAGACGAACUUGACAGUCUCUUCCAGCCCAAACCCAUCAGUGAUUCCAUGAUCCCGGAUCUCCCUGGGGAUCCCUCCCCGCAUCCUCCCUGGCCAGAGGAGCAGCUGCCUGUGCUGUGCGGUCCAAACCCCACCAGGCUGCCUCCCAGACCCCCGCGCUGGGGCGCUGGCGGGUGGAGGCGACAGGCGGGGACCGCCACUGUCCCUUCCCCCGGCCCUGGGGGAAAAGCUGAUGCCUCCAGCCGAGGGGGGCCGUGGGCGCAGCUGCAGGGCCCGUGGCCGGCGCCCUCCCUGUGGCGGUGCGGGGGUGCUGGGGCUCCCCCUCCGAGCUGCCCCCGCUGCCUUCCAGGCUUGGCGUUCUUCAGCUGCGUGAGCGCCGACAGCAACAUCACUGCCGGCCAGGGCACGGAGGGGCUGAGCUGCGGCACAGCCAAGGCAUGCACAGGGAACGGGACGCAGCUGCGGCGGCAGAGCCACUUCUCCCGGUGCCCGGAGGAGUUCCAGCACUACUGUGUCAGGGGGAGGUGCCGCUUCCUCGUGGCCGAGCAGGCACCGGCUUGUGUGUGCGAGAGAGGCUACACCGGGGCUCGCUGCGAGAGGGUGGAUCUGUUCUACCUGCGAGGGGACCAGGGCCAGAUCGUCAUCAUCUCCCUGAUCGCCGCCAUCGUCACCCUCAUCAUCCUCAUCGUCGGCAUCUGCCUGUGCAGUCACCACUGUCGGAGGCAGCGUAGGAAGAGAAAAGCAGAAGAGAUGGAAACUCUGAACAAGGAUUCACCAUCCAGAAGUGAAGAUGUGCGGGAAACGGGCAUCGCGUGAAGGUGCAGGGGAGCCGGGGGUGGGGGCC